ACACAUUUUUUGUUCAGUAAAAAAGUGAAACAGCAACAAGCAUGAAUUUCAGUGCGUUAUUCAAGGCAUUCACAUUUUUCACUCAACUCAUGGUGAUUAUUUUCGUGACUGUGGAAUCGAUAUCUGUGGAUUUUGAACCAAGCGGGAAGAAAUCGUCUGCAACUACAGAUAAUCUCGAUCUUCGCCACAACGGCGACAAUGGCGAAACCAUUAAUAACAAUAAAUCUGGUCCCGUUCAUCACACCAUAUUGGCUGCUUCAGUUUCAGACGAGUCAAAAAAUAAUGCACAAAAAAACAUUUCAGCUUUAUCCAUGAAACGAGAAAUCACAUCAUAUCUUCUGUCAAUACGAUCUGGCAUCUCUCCUGAAACAUAUGAUUACUUAUCAACAGAUGUACUAUCGGAAGUCGAUCUCUUUCGAUAUUCGAUGCGUAAAACAAAGAACUCAUCUUUAACGUAUAUCAUGAAAGUUAUCUUGGAAGUGAACAAUCUUUUGAAUUCAAAUACACUUCCUGAGAGCUACAUUCCCUAUGUUCGAGCUCUGAGAUCAAUUCUCAGGAUUCAGAUUAAACUGGCAGGCUCCAAAGAAGACAUUUUAAAAAUUCAGAAGACAUGUCUGGCAAACCUAAAAGACUGUUCAUCCAUACCAUCUGAUAUAUUAUCACCACCAGAACUAUCUGGUACCGGAUUAUUUUCUUAUGACAUCGUCUCUGAUCCUAAUCCGCCUCUCCGUCUUUUCAAUAAAUUAGUCCGUAUUCCAAAAAUAAGCAUUCUAAAUUUGAGAACGCGUUUGGAAAAUUUUAAUCAAAGAGUAGAAAAGUCAUACAAAUUCGCUCGUCAGGUAUGGUGGCCAUACACUUGGUAUGGUCGUAGUUUGAGAACAUGUGUUGAUGAAGAAUCCGUUUUUGACGAAUUAAGACGUGACAUGAACUACCUUCAACUUGUAUCAACAGCUGCAAAAAAUUCGAUUCAUGAUGACCGAAUUGAAAAUGAAACAAAUUGACUAGCCUUUUCUAUUUGCAUUAUAGAUAUCAUUUCAUAUGGUCGCUAUACCAAUGAUUCAUUUAUAUUACUUUGUUACUACAAUGAGUGAAAAUUUGAACUCAUAAAUAGAGGAAGCAAGGCAAAUCCAAAUGUUAGGUAACUCAUCUGAUACAAUCAUAAACACCCAUAUUCCCAGUAUUGGGGCCAUAUACACACUUUUGCAUGUAUAGCUAC